AUGGCUUCAGGUUAUAAAAAUUUGGACGAAAAUUCUGCUAAGCUGGAUAUCGAUGAGUUGAUCAUUAAAAUUCUGUCAGUUGGCCAUCCAGAGAAGAGCAUGACAAAGACAGUUAAAGAACAAGAUUUGAUUCAUUUGUGUCAUUUAGCAAAGAAGAGUUUCAUGCUUCAACCAGUUAUGUUAGAAGUAGAAGCACCGAUUAAAGUAUGUGGAGAUGUUCAUGGACAGUAUUCAGAUGUUGUCCGUCUCUUCCAUAUUGCUCGUUUCCCUCCACAUUCUAAUUAUAUUUUUCUCGGAGACUAUGUGGAUCGUGGACGUCAGAAUCUUGAACUUAUCACCUUGUUUCUCUGCUACAAAAUCAAAUUUUUCGAUCGAUUCUACAUGUUACGUGGAAAUCAUGAAUGUCCAGCUGUCAAUCGUGUCUAUGGAUUCUAUGAAGAGUGCAAUAAACGAUAUGCGAGUACUCGUUUAUGGCUUGCCUUUCAAGAAGCGUUCGCUGCGAUGCCAUUCACUGGACUCAUUUCGGGACGAAUUCUCUGCAUGCACGGUGGAUUGUCACCUAAAUUAACAAAUAUUGAUGUUCUUCGUGAUUUGACUCGUCCAAUGGAUCCACCUAGUCCAUCUCUUCAUAUUGAUUUGCUUUGGAGUGAUCCUGAUAACUCAAUUAGUGAUUGGGCACCAAAUGUUCGAGGAGUUUCAUACAUUUUCGGAGCAAAUGUGGUGAAACAACAAAUUGAAACAUUGGGAAUCGAUUUGAUUGCAAGGGCUCAUCAAGUUGUUCAAGAUGGAUACGAGUUCUUUGCGGAUAAGAAACUGGUGACAAUCUUCUCGGCUCCUCAUUACUGUGGACAGUUCGAUAAUUCUGCAGCAAUAAUGAGUGUCGAUGAGAACUUGAUAUGCUCGUUCCAUUCAAUCUAUCCUCUCGAUCAUCUUCAUUUCAAGAUGCGCGGUAUUCAUAUUGCUCAGUAUACAUCAUUUGUUGGAGCUCAACUGGCCAAUUCAUUUUUGAUCUACUUGAUAAUUACAAGAUCAGAUAAACAAUUUGGUGACUUUCGGUAUAUAAUGGGAUUGUUCGCUUUCUACGCAAUGUUUUACGCAUGGGUUGAGAUUUUCACGCAGCCGCUUACGUUCAUCGAGGGCCCAUUACUGGGAGUCGUUGUGGACAGUCCAAUGAGAUAUCAAAAACGGAUUGGUCACUACGUGGUCUGUCUGUUCUGUGCUUGUUUUGGACUGUGUAUCUCACUGUUGGCUACGCAAUUUUACUAUAGAUAUUUAGCACUUUGCAAACCAAAAAUGCUCGAGAAAGUAUCUGGUCGUAAACUUCCUCUUAUUUUCAUUCCUGCUGUUCUUGUCUUUGUGUUUUGGUAUAUCAAUGUUCUGAUUGGAAUGGCCGACACCUACGAAAAAGAUGUUUUUCUAUGGUAA